AAAUAACAUAAGAGGCAGAAAUGUGGAUAAACUGUAGCUAUUCCAGUUGUUAUAGAAGUAGCAGUCAUCAAUCCAAAUUCUUUGUGGAAAUUGAAUACAAUUGUUAAAUGUUUAUGAAUUCAUUUCUUGAAAUUUAUGGAAGUGCAGCAAAAUUUACUGUUUCUUAUUUCUCUGACUGUGGCUAUGGGGUAAAACCUAAAAUCAUUAACAGUAAAAUCAAUAUUAAAAGUUAAAUGUUGGAUGCCUCCUCCUCCUCUUCCCUGGACAAUGCUCCAGUCUCAGCAGGUUGUCCCGUAAACGGAGUGAUGCAUAUUCAAUAUAGAGUCCAGUUCAGGAGCUUUCAGCAAUUAAGAACGGCCAGCGGAAGCAGCAGAACCGAUAGCCGAGAAUUUUCCGGUGGAUUCUCCGACCAAGUAAAACCUGCGGUGAAUCUCUCUCUCUCUCUUCUCUCUGGUGUGUGUGUGUGUGUGUGAGACCACACACUUGAGCUAAUCUUGCAAUGUUUCCACACUAUAUGGCCCACGAAGAUGAUAAAACUCUUGACAGUUACUUUUGCUUCCACUGAGGAAGCAACUGCUCUACUCAAAUGGAAAGCAACUUUCCAAAACCAGAAUAAUACCUUAUUGGCUUCAUGGAAACUAGGUCCUGUUGGUUCCAAGAGUUCUUCCAGCAUUGGAGCGACAGGUUCUGAUGCAUGCAGGGGCUGGUAUGGAGUUACAUGCCUAAAUGGUAGGGUCAACAGGUUGAAUAUUACAAAUGCUAGUGUUGUUGGCACACUCUAUGAUUUUCCAUUUUCAUCUCUCCCUUUUCUUGAAUAUGUUGAUCUUAGCAUGAACCAGCUCUCUGGCACAAUCCCCCCUGAAAUAGGUAAACUCACUAAUCUAGUUUAUCUUGACUUGUCCAUCAAUCAGAUUUCGGGCACAAUCCCUCCACAAAUCGGCUCACUAAGAAAGCUUGAUACCCUUCAUAUCUUUGACAACCAGUUAAAUGGUUCCAUUCCAGAAGAAAUAGGUCACCUAAGGUCUCUUUCGGAACUAGCUUUGAAUACUAACUCUCUUAAUGGUUCAAUUCCUGCUUCAUUGGGGAAUUUGAACAACCUGUCUUCUUUGUAUCUUUAUGAGAAUAAGCUUUCUGGCUCCAUUCCAGCAGCAAUAGGGAAACUCGUUAAUCUUGUUGGCUUUCUCGAUACAAACCAGUUAACAGGUCAUAUUCCUCCAGAAAUAGGUAACUUGAUCAAAGCAAAAGUGUUCAAUGCUUUCUCUAAUGAAUUGUCUGGUCCCAUUCCUGUUGAAAUUGGAAAGAUGAAGUCACUUCAUAGUUUAAGCUUCCACACAAACAAUCUUUCUGGUCCAAUUCCCAAAACAAUAGGUGACUUAACUGAGCUCCAACUCUUGCACCUUUACAAUAACCAACUUUUUGGUUCCAUUCCUAGUAAGUUGGGGAAUUUGAAAAACCUCACUGAUCUGCAAUUAUCCGGUAAUCAACUUACUGGGUCAAUUCCAGCUUCCUUGGGCAAUCUGAGAAAUUUACAAACUCUGUAUCUCCGGGACAAUAAACUUUCAGGUUCCAUUCCACCAGAACUUGCCUAUUUGGAUAACUUGGUUGUGCUGGAAAUGGAUGAAAACCAAUUUUCAGGCCAUUUGCCUGAGAAUCUUUGCCAAGGCGGGAAACUUGAGAACUUCACGGUGAAUAGUAACAAGCUGUCAGGGCCAAUUCCAAGAAACUUGAGCAAGUGCUCGAGUUUCAAAAGGGUUCUCUUUGAUAACAACAGUUUCACCGGGAACUUAUCUGAAGCUUUUGGUAUCUAUCCAGAGCUUCAAUUUAUUAAUUUGAGUGAAAAUGAUUUUCAUGGUGAACUCAGCAGCAACUGGGGAAAAUGCGAGAAUUUGACUGAUCUGCGGAUAGCCAGAAAUAACAUUAGUGGCAACAUACCGCCAGAGAUUGGAAACCUAAGAGGGCUACUAGGACUUGAUCUUUCAUCAAAUCAUUUGGUUGGGCAGAUUCCCAAGGAAUUUAGAAAAUUGACCUCUCUAGUUAAUCUUUUUGUGCAAAACAACAAAAUUUCUGGCAGUAUACCUGGGGAACUUGGGUCACUAACAAAGUUAGAAACCCUUGAUUUGUCAGACAAUGUAUUUAAUGGGUCAAUCCCGAUGUUUAUAGGAGAUUACAGGAAGCUGAUUCACUUGAACCUGAGCAACAACAGAUUUGGCCAGAAAAUUCCGAUGGAGAUAGGAAGGAUAACUCACCUUAAUGUGCUUGAUUUGAGUCAUAAUCUUCUUGAUGGAGAAAUACCCCCUCAGUUAGCCCAUUUGCAGGACUUGGAAAUCAUCAAUCUUUCCCACAAUCACCUCUCUGGCCGCAUUCCUAAAGAAUUUAAAAGUUUGACAGGUUAUGUCAUAUUGUCAUACAAUGAGCUGGAAGGUCCAAUACCGAAUAAUGAAGCUUUUAUGAAUGCAUCAUUAGAAGGUAAUAGAGGUCUUUGUGGCAAUGUAACAGGAUUCCAGCCUUGCGAAAGGCCAUCUUCUAUGGUGAAGAAGCACUCAAGACGUAAAGUCAUUCUUGUCACUGUACUUCCAAUUAUGGGAGCACUAGUACUUCUCUGUGCUUUCAUUGGCGUUCUGCUUAUGUGUAAUGAAAUAAGAAGAGUUGGAGACAUCGAAAGACGGGAUUCCAGUGAUGGUGUUGAUGCUGAUGAAGAUAAUGGUUUGCUCUCGAUAUCCACGUUACAUGGAAGUGCAUUGUACUGGGAUAUAUUAAAAGCCACAAAAGAGUUUGAUGCAGUGUUUUGCAUCGGAAAAGGAGGGUCCGGAAGCGUUUACAAGGUACAGCUUCCAUCAUUUGAGAAUGUAGCUGUAAAGAGACUUCAUUCUUCAUUUGAGAAUACACACCUCAAAAGCUUCAUGAAUGAGGUAAGGGCAUUGACAAGGAUUAAACAUCGGAACAUUGUGAAACUCUAUGGCUUUUGUUCGAAUGCAAAACACUCGUUCUUAGUUUACGAGUACGUGGAGAGAGGGAGUUUGUUUAGUAUCUUGAGCAAUGAAAUAGAGUCCAAGAAAUUGGAUUGGCUUAAGAGGGUGAAUAUCAUCAAAGGUGUUGCUUUUGCUUUAUCUUACCUGCACCAGGAUUGCUCGCCACCAAUUGUCCAUCGAGACAUAUCAAGCAAUAAUAUUUUGCUUGAUUCUGAGUAUGAAGCUCGUGUUUCUUGUGCCAAUAAGUAAUAAACGAGUUUCACGUUUGCUAAGUAGUAAGUACUGGUGUUAGUUGUAUUACUUUGCAUAGUUCUGGUAGCUCGUGAAAAAUCUUUAACGGCAUAAUGCUUCUAACAUUUGUUUAAACUAUUGGGCACUUUAUUGGAGAUGCCACGUAAAAAGAAUCAACAUAAUCUAACCUUUUCCUCA